CAUACAAUCCGCAGCAGUCAGGGCAUGAGGGCAACCCCAAACCCUGCCCGAGCUGUCCCUCUCCGCCUCCCUCCCUCGACAACCACGCCGCCCGUACGCCCCGCUGCGCGGCUGCGGCACACCGCCACCAUGCAUCCCUCUGCCGGCAGCCGCCCGAGGUAUAUAUAGAGCGGGGCGCGGCAGCCUCCGAUCCCAAGCUCGCCGGCCGGGAAGCAACUGCGAAAACAUUCUCAUAAUACUACGACUGCGCAGCACGCAGCAGCUUCGAAUCCAGCGACCCGCCGUCACAUGGAGGCGGCGGCGGCGCUGCACAUGCAGUCCCCCGUGCCGCUUCCUCUGCCGCCGCCGGCGGCGGCGGGGCGGGAGCGGUGCCCGCGGUGCGCGUCGCGGGACACCAAGUUCUGCUACUUCAACAACUACAACACGGCGCAGCCGCGCCACUUCUGCCGCGCGUGCCGCCGCUACUGGACGCUGGGGGGCUCCCUCCGCAACAUCCCCGUCGGGGGCGCCACGCGCAAGCGCCCGAGGCCGCCGCGCCGGCCGCCCAUCACCCGCGCCGCCGCCGCCGUAGCCGCCGCGGCGCCGGGACUCCUGCAGGGCGCCGGCGCCGGCGGCCUCCUCGCCUCGCUGCUGCUGGACCUGGCCCCGGCGUCGCCGCUGCUCGCGCUCGGCGCGGCGCCGCCGCCGGUGCUUCAAGGCCGGCUCAUCGGCUCCGACGACCUCGGCCUCGGGCAGCCGGCGCCGCUAGCCGCCACCGGCGCUGAUGGCGACCUCGCCCAGCUGGGCUUCGGCGCGGGGGGGCCGCUGCUGUGGCUCGCCGCGACGACGACGGUCCUGGAGGGCGACCGCGCGUUCCCGCUCCCGCCGCCCGCCGCGCUGUGGCAGGAGCUCGCCGCGGCGGUGCCGCCCGCGCUGCACCACGGCGGCUCGCCGCACCUGCUCCUGUGACACGUACACAUUAGUGGCGUCGGACGUCAAGCUUGUCCCGGAUGCAUCACGACAUCGAUCGAUCAACGAGCUCUCCGACCACGAUCAUUUGUCCCUUCUGUGGCCGCGUAGGUUGUUUGGUGUGCGCACGCGUCGUGAUUCGUGCCGUCCCGUGAUCUUGCGUUGCGUGAUGUUGCUUGUUUUAGUUCUUUUUCGUACUCGAAAUAUUGACAAAUCAUUUGUUUCGUUAUCACGAGCGGAGCUAGGUGUCGACCAAAGUGGGUCAUGAGCAUUAGAUGAACAAUAAUUUUGAUACUAUUUAUUGGUUUAGCACCUCAGUUACCAAAGGCUGCCCCCACUGAUUCUUUGGUCUGGCUCUAGUUGAUUGUAUUGUAGCCUUUUGUCUUAAGCUUCGGCUACAAAAGACGGGAAGAUUCAUGCCUAA